AUGGAGGCAAAAGCACACGAUGGGUAUUCUGUAACCAGACCGCUCCUGCAUGGGGAUUAUGAGAGGCAACAAAAGAUUUACGAGGAGGAAGUUGAGGGAGUGACAAACUCCAUUGCUGGCACUACCUCCUUUUUCAAGACCUGUUUUAAUGGACUCAAUGCUUUAUCAGGAGUUGGAAUAUUGUCGAUACCAUAUGCAUUAUCAUCAGGAGGCUGGUUGAGCUUGAUACUUCUUCUCAUUAUUGCCAGCUCAACCUUCUAUACAGGCUUGUUAAUUCAAAGAUGUAUGGAUGUAGAUCCAAGUAUCAGAAGCUAUCCUGAUAUCGGUGAGCGUGCAUUUGGUACAACCGGAAGAAUGCUUGUAUCCAUUAUCACAAAUUUGGAACUCUACUUGGUUGCGACAGUUUCCUAA